AUGGAAACACCGCCGCCACCACUUUCGGCUCCUUUCUCAACUAAGUUUUCUCCCUUAAUUGGUACACCCCCACAGCGCAGUCCAGCUCUCCCCUGCGUUGGUAACAAUGGCGACCCACCAUUCCUCGGACGAACCCAAAUGCCUUCCCAGUCCACAGUCUCGCCUGCUUCAAUGGACCUUGGACCUUGUCCCCUCCCAAACGUUACAGAAUGGUCUACAGACGACGUGUAUAACUACCUCAUUUCCAAGGACCCAUCGCUAAUAGAGAUUGCCAACACAUUUAAGGAACAGGAAAUCGACGGCUCUGCUCUAUUGCUUCUCGACAUUGAAACCAUGCGUUCACUGCUGAGCAUGAAACUCGGCCCAGCUCUUAAGAUUGACGAUAUCGUAAACCGACUCAAGCGAGGCCACCUAUGA